GCGCAGAGGCUGGGCCCAGGGGCAGGAUGACUGCGGGGCUGGGCUCGCGCUGGGCCGCGCUCCGCCCAGGGGCUUCGGGCUCACGGACGGGCUCACGGGCCGCACCGCCGCACUGCUAGGAUGGCCCUGGACCUGACCGGGAGGAUUGGCGGCGGGCCGCGGAGGAUGACCGCCCUCCUGGGCGUGACAACCCUCGUUCUGGUCGCCGGGCCUCCGCGGGUGUUGUCCGCAGCCGCGGGGGGCACACACCUGAAACCUCCUCACGAUGUGGAAGUCUCCAUCACAGACGACACCUUCACCCUGCAGUGGGCCAGUGGCAGUGACCCUGGCGGGAUCGUGACUUUCUCGGCGGAUUACCAAACGCUGGAGAUGAGUAACUGGAUGAAGUUGCCUGGGUGUCAGUACGUUGCCGGUACCAGCUGCGACUUCUCCUCCAUCAACGUGAGCGUUUACGACACGGUUAAGCUGCGUGUGAGAGCAGAAGACGGCAGCAGCGCUUCUCCGUGGCACGAGCUCGGCCCGUUCGUGCCGCAGCAGGAAGCUCGGAUCGGCCCCCCGGAGGUGCGAUUAGAAGCUGAAGAUAAGGCGAUAAGAAUAAGCAUCUCUCCCCCUGGAGGGAAAAACAGUCUCAUGUGGGCCAUGGACAGGUCCAGGUUUAGGUACACCGUGGUCUCCUGGGAGAGCCCUUCGGGCGAACGGAAAUCCAUAGAAACCCGGUACCCCAGCUAUCUGAUGAGCGGCCUCUCCCCCGAGACUACGUACUGCGUGCAGGUGAAGGCGAAGCUUUUCCUGCAGAGGCGGCCUGCGGCGGAGAGCCCCGUGCGCUGCGUGAGCACCACCGCUGAGGAGGCGGACGGGCUGCCCCCGCCGGAGAACGUGCGCGUCGUCGGGAGAGGUCCGGUCUACGUCCUGCAGUGGAGCCACGCACGCGAGAACGUGACCUUCCAAGCGCAGUGGCUCUACGCUUUCUUAAGAAAGAACGAAAACUACGAGGCCCACUGGGCCCAGGUGCCGAACUGCCAGCAGGUCAGGGCCGCGAGGUGCGCCUUCCCCCGGAGCGCCUUCUGGAAGGGCAUCUACUUCCUCCGGGUGCGCGCCGCCCGCGGCAACCGCACGUCCGCCUGGUCCCAGGAGACGGAGUUCGACACUGAGAGCCAGGCGCUCGUGCCCCCACCUGUCGCGGUCCUGAAGGCCAUCAACAGCAGCUCGCUGCGCAUCUACGUCGGCGCCCAGAACAAGUCCGCGUACCAGGGCUACCUGCCCACCUACGAGGUCGUUCUUUGGGAAAACGCUUCAAGCGUGGAGAGAACAAUCGUGGAGAAGAGGGUCGACUUCACUGUCCCGAACCUGAAGGCGCUGACCCUGUACUGCGUCAAGGCCCGAGCGCUGCUCCAGACCUGGAAGUGGAACAGCAGCAGCGAGUUCGGCCACACCGUGUGUGAGCGCACACGGCCAGGAGACUCGUCCAGCGCCCGGCUGGUGGCCGUCGCCAGCGCCGUGCUCGCCGCGGCCUUCGCCCUGUGCGCCCUGCAGGGCCUCCGGAAGCUGGUCGGCUACGUGUGCUUCCCGAGCCGCGCGCCGCCCCCCACCAUCGACCAGUACAUCUCUGAACAGUCGCUGAAGAACAUACUACUCUCCACUUCGGAGGAGCAAACUGAAAAAUGCUUUAUAAUUGAAAACGUAGACACUGUCGCCGAAAUAGAAGAAACCAGUCGCACUGGCGAAGGUCACAAGACAUACAACUCCCAGACCAGCGAGGACUCGGGCAACUACUCUAACGAGGAUGAGAACAGCAGCGGCCAAGAGAGCGGCGACCUCGGGCAGGAGGGCAGCGUGUGGCGCGAGUGAGCGCCCGGGCCCCUCGUGUCUCCCGGUGCCCGGCGGGGAGGCGGGGACAUUUGCCUGCUGGAGAAGAAACGUCCACAGGUCGUGGGCCCUGAGGAUGCCGGCGAGUGCUGACCUGUGUACGGAGCGAGUUGCAGGGGUCUGGGGACAGGCCUUCCAUGUGGCUUCCCGCAGGGGACGUCUUCCAAGACCCAAGGCCGUGGGCCUGUCCCGGCCGUCCCGGCGCCGCUGGGUGCUGCGUUGUCACUGGCGCGUUCUCGCGCCCUCCGUUCCGAGGACACAGCCCCUCGCGUCUCAGGAGGUGCCGAGACGUUUGGUCUUCCGACACUGGAGGGGGCCCUGGGGAAUUUCUCUAGAAAUGCUGACGACCACCACCCCCGGAAAGACCCCCUGAAAGAAUAGCUCACCUGAGACAGCGUGCGCCGGCGCCGGAGACGUGAGACUUGACGCUUCUUGGAGGAGCCCCGCCCGUCUGCCGGGCGCAGGGGCUCCUUCCUGCGUCGAAGCUCCCCGAGCUUCCUCGGCUCGGCUCGGGGAUCAAACCGGGGCGUCUCCGUGGCCGCUGAGUCACCCGAGUCCCACCUCGUGAGAGCGACAGCCGCUGGUCGGAAGCGCAGUGAGCGGAGUCGCCGAGGAGCAGAGAGCGCCCCGACUGGAGGAGCUGCUCUGGUGUUCCAAGGAGUGGAGAGUGGAGGGGUCGGUGGCAGGAGCCUUGGCUGCGGGCGGGAGGAACCGAGGAAAUCUCGGGCGUGGCGGCUAAGAGGCACCGGUGACAUUGGGCCCCUGAGACGUGGGAGCGCGUCUCCAGGGUUGGAGACUGUCUGUGGUUGUCAGGGAGCGGCAUCUGGGCCGUGGCAGCGGCGCACGGGACAGGGUACCCUGGGUUCACCGGCUGGGGGGCAGGAGCGCACAGCCGCCUCGCCUGCCUCAGAGCUGCCACGCCGGCGGCCCUACCUGGGCGUGGCUAGAUGCAACCUAGGGGUUUCUGUGAAAGGUUUACAUCGUCACAGCCGCACCACUGCUGUUACUGUUAACGUAGAAGGUAGGUGAAUGUGUCAGGGGCAUGCUUAGUGGCACGGCCCGCAGUCACGCCCGCGCACACCUAACACCCACGUGUGCAUGCCCGCACCGUGUGGCUGUGGCCCGUUACAGGGCCACGAAGCACCGAGUCUAGGUUCUCAUCAGAGCGUUAGAAGUGCUGUUUGAACUUGAGGGUCCGACCAGAACUUCGCAACCUAUACAGAAGCUGUUUUACAAGUGGCAUUAGAACUACCUGUCUCUCCCCGGCCUGCGGCCUCGAAAGCAGCGUCUGGUGGCACCUGAGAGUCAGAGGAUGCACAGACACUUUCCUCCCUACCCUCCUUGCAGCCAGCGCCUGCCUGGCGUGUUACGUGUUUGUCGUGUCUGGGUCCGACUGCCCCCAGGAGCCCCCGCGCCCCGGGAGAGCAGGCCUUCCCCAUGUUCUUGGGCGCAGCCCCAGCGCCUGCCCGACACCGCGGAGGGGCAGAAACGGUGGUCGAGUGUGUGAGAUGCACGGUUUGACGUGAGUGAGGGAGGGAGGGCGUGUUUCUGACGGUGUGUGUGUGUGUGCACUGACCCGUGGAAGGACAUACCGAUGUUUUCGCUGUUUCCCUGUAAAAGUUUUUUGUACUGUAAUUCCCUCUGUGUUUUUGUCUUAAACUGUGUCGCUGUGCGUAGUUUUUAUGUUGAUGUAAUAAAACUAGGGACCAAAAGCCUUCGA